AACAAUAAACGUAUUUUGAAAUUGUCGAACUAAGAAGUAGAACUGUAAUUUAAAUUGAUAAAAACAGUGUCAUAGUAAAGUAAUAAAGUAGACAAUUAUUUUAGUAUAUGGAAAUUUGUUUGGGGCAACUGUAGAUUUGUAACAACCUAUUGCAAUUUUAAUAUUAUGGAAUAACCAAUAGCGUAACCCCUUUAAGAUAUUUGUAAUUUUGUUAAAAUCAAAUGAAGCCGCGUAGAGUAAAAAUUAAAUGAAAACUUAUCUAAGGAAUAUAUGUAUAUCAAAUUAACCUAACCUUCCAAGUGACGUUUCAUAUCUGCAGUUACAUUAAAUAACGUUAUAACAAUGGACAAAUCUAUAUUAGUGCAAAAACAAGUAAAAGAUAAUGCAGAAGAUAUGCAGAAGGAAUUUCUUGAUAUGAAAAAUUGGGAGGAACAAAUGAAACGUAAAGAUGAGGAAUUAAGGAGAGAAGCGAGUGGUGAAAGCACAUUACCACCAAUCAGAAGCAAAACUAAAAAUAAAAAUAAAACAAAAACUGCUCCUACCAAAGAAAAUGGAAAUAGUAAUAUCAAACCCAAAAGAAUUAAGUCACACGAUUAUUCUGCUUGGGAAAAAUUUGAUGUAGAUAAAGCAUGUAAAGAUAUAGAUAAACAGGAGCAGUCAAGUGACUCUGGAGAUGAAACUAUGUCUAAAGAAGAGUUAGAAAAAGCACACGAAAUUGCAACAAAGCACAAAGAUGAAGGCAAUUCAUUUGUACGUUCUUGUGAAUGGGUCAAAGCUAUUCAGUGUUAUAAUCAAGCCAUAACAGCUUUUCCAUAUGAUGCUGUGUUUUUUGCAAAUCGUGCACUUUGUCAGUUAAAGCUAAACAAUUUCCAUUCUGCAGAAUCAGACUGUUCCGCAGCAAUACAAUUAGAUGAAACUUAUGUAAAAGCUUAUCAUAGGAGAGCUACAGCCAGAAUGAACUUAAAACAAUACAAAGAAGCUAAACAAGAUAUAGAGAAAAUCUUAAAGUUGGAACCUUCUAGUAAAGAAGCAAAAUCAUUAUUAGUUCAAAUUGAAAACAAGAUUAAAACCUCAAAUUCAUCUACCACACCAAAGGAAAGUACAGAAAAAUCUCCUGUAAAAUCUAUAGUUGACAAGAAAAUAGGAGAAAAAAAUUGUCCAAAUAUAUCAAACAUCAAAAUAGUAGAUAGUAAAGAUAAUGAAGACAUUAAGCAUACUAAAGAUGAUAAAAGUAACAUUGAGCUUAAACAAACUAAAUGCACUAAAAACAGUAUAAAACCUGAGGAAAAUCUAAUAAAUGUUAAAGGUGAUAAAACUGCUCAUGUGGAACUUAUUCCAUUGAAUCAAAAGAAAAUUGAUUCACGAAUUCCUGAUUGGCUACCAGAAAAAGGUGAUGUUGCCAUAAUAGAAACUAUUAUAAGGCCACCUCACCUCUGUUCAAAGAUACCAUUAAAAAGAAUACCAAUUGAAGAAGUGGAAUUUAAUAGUACUAAACAAAAUUAUGAGAAUGAUAAAGCAGUAUGUAACAGACAAUUGGAAACAAAUAGUACAGAUGAUAAUUUUAAGACAAAUAAUUCGGUUAAGGUUUCUGAAUCAUUAGAGUGUACUAAUAAAAUACCUCCAGUCCCUAAAACAGCUGUACAGUUUAUAAUGCAUUGGAAAACAAAUAAAUCAUUAGAAUUUAGAUAUAAAUAUUUACACCAAUUACCUGAAAAUAGUUUACCUAAUAUCUUUCAAGACUCUAUGGAAUCUGAUAUUUUCAGUGAAAUAAUAGAAGUUUUAAGGAUAGAAUUUGUAAAACGGAAAGAGUUUAUAUUUUCUUAUCUGAAAGAUCUCAGUGUGGUCAAACGAUUUAGAGCUCUUAUCAUGUUCAUGAGUAAUAAGGAAAAAGAAAGUUUAAGAAUACUUUUUGAGCAUUGUAAAAGAGUGGAAAAUAUACCACUAAAUGAAAUUGCGCUUUUACAAACUAAAUACGAAAUCUAAAAGAAGCUUAACAUGCACCAAUUUAGUUCAUAAAAAAUAAUUUUACGUUGUAUUGUUUAAUGAGGCAUAUUACAGUAUAUAUUAUACAUUUGGUUAUCUUACAUAUAUACAGUGUAUAUACAAAUAAAACAAGAAAAAAGUGAAGAUUUCUGUCAUAAACACAUCGUAGAGUAAAGCUCACACACGGCCGUUUAAUAACGUUUGUAUUCGUUGAUCAUUUUUCAUUAUUUGUGAUUUUAUUUGACAUAUUUUGUCCAAUUGUAUUUUCAUGUUUUGAUCAAUUUCAUGUAAUGUUUCUUUCAUAGGUUCUAUUAACUCUUGUGUUUUUCUGAAAAUAAGAAAGUUACUGCAUAUAUGUAACAUCCUUUUAGUCAUUAAAAGUUUUUACAUUCCUUACAUUUUUUCUGACUUUAAUUUUUCGCUCACUUGUUGAUAUUGAGUUCUCCAUUCUAAUAAUUCUUUUUGCAUUAUUUCAACAUCUUCCUGCCAAUAUUAUACCAUGAAACGGAUUGUUAAUAAAAAAAACUACUAUUGUUAGUAUAUGUUAUUAAAAAGUCUGUACCUGAAAAUAAUCUAACAACUUUCCUAGUGGAUUUGUUGCACGGGUUAGAGUUUGGAUUGUGUUACGAAGUUUAUCAACCUCUUUAAUAACUGUGUCACGCUUUGAACUGGUAUCCCAUGCCUAAUAAUAAGUCUAUUAUUAAAGUAAAAUUAAUAUAUAAAAGAAAAGAAAGAAUUUUCGUGUCCUUACAAUGUUUGUUUUCUUAGGCAUUACAUCUAUAUUUUCAUUAUUAACAAGUUCCUUUUGCGUUUCUAAUAUUUGGGCAACAAGAUGUCCAUGUUCUUGCGUCAAUUGAUCGUCAACUUUGAAUGUACCACUAUUCUCUAGAGAAUCACCGCCACCACCUCUGGUUUCCAUAACUACCAUAUCUUCAGCAUCAUCAUCUUCUUUACUUUCAGAAUUUUCUACAAUAACAGUUAUAUUUCCCAUAGGCGUUCUGGAAAAAUAGGCUCUAAUCAAUAGAUGUUUCAUACUAUUUUUUAUGACAAUAUAUUUCAGUUAAUGCUUACAGUAUUUCUUCAUUAACAGAUAAUUCGGGCUUUCCCCGUAGUCUAGGCGCAGCAGGUCUAGCACUAAUUGGUCUUGCAGAUGGUGGGCGUAGAGAAGUUUUUGGUCUAGUAUUUGAUUGUGAAGCACUGAAAGCAUCAAGUUUCUUCAAAUAACUGUAAAAUCUUUAAUCGAUAGGAUGUAUUCAGAAGUACCUUGUGUCAAUGUGUUCCAAUUGAGAUUGUUGAGUCUCUAAUACUAAAUUAUCAAACUUUUCUUCAUUUUGAUUAGAAAUUUCAUUUUUCAUUUCAGUGUCUUUAUGUUCCACCGUUGUGUUCUCCAUACUUUCAUUAACUUUAUUGUUUUUGUUAUUUAUAGAUUUAGUUUCUAAGUACAUGGUGUCUGAUACAUUCUGUACAUGAUUCUGAGAUUCACUGCUUUCAUUAUAUGUUGUUUGUUUAGAUUUGUUGUCAACCUCUUUUUGCUUUUUGUUUUCAUUUGGCUUUUUAUCCACAUUUACAUCUUCUUGUAUGAGAGUAGUUUCAGAUGAAAGUAUGGAAGAUGUACUGGGUUUAGGUUUAGCAGAUGAAGAUCUCCUUCUAUGUGCAGACGAAGGAACUUUGUCCUGUGUUGACUGAAAAAUGUAAAUCUUAAAUAUUAUCUUUUGUCUUGUUAAAAAAUUACAUAUAAUGUGGCAUCUUGUUUUACUUACUGAAGUUUGUGUAAUUUCAAUAUCUUUUUGAGAUUCUCGAUUUUCAUCUUUAUGUGUUUCCAUAUUAUGUGUUUCUGCUUUAUGUUCAUUCUUUUUUCUUUGAUCAGAAGUCUUAUCUCUACCAGUUGUAACUCUUUUUUGAUGGACUUCUUUUGAUGUCUUUUUCUCCUCUCUCUUAGUUGAUGAUUUACUUUUUGAUGUUGAUUUACCUUUCUCUAAAUUUUUUUUAUAAUGUUCUAUAGCUUCAGUACUAUUUAUCUGUUUUAUAAAGUACUUAUUAUUCUUUUAUACCUUUAAAUUAUUGCAUCUUAAAAUGUACUAAAUCUGUAUUACCUUCUUAUCUAAAGCUUUUCCAAUUGUUUGUAGUAAUUCAUUUGUCUUAGUUGGUUCCUGGCCAGAAAUUAUUUUACUGGCUCUUACAGUUAAAUUAGUACCAGUAGCUAGUUCUAAAAUCAUUUUAAAGGAUACUUCAGUAAUCAUCUAAGAAAUGUUAAACAUUUUAUAUUUUUGUUUUGGAAAUUAUAUGUACUUACUGACAACGUCAAUUAAUUUUGUUAAAUAUGCAAGUUUUGCUUCUUUAUUAUUUAUAUUCUCAGAGUUCAGUUCUUCUUCAGUGAAUAACCCAUCUAAGAAACCAGUUUCCCUGAUCACCUAUAAUACAAUUUUUAAUUAGUGUUAAAGUAUUGCGUAUUCAAAUGUCACUUGUAACAGAGAAAAUAUAUUUGUUACCGCUGAUACAAUGUCGUGAAGAAAUCUGAACGGUGGUUUCUUUAAAAGUUUUUCAGUCAGUGGAGGCUUUUUGAAAUAUUUUCCAAGAAGAUCUUGUGUCUUCUUAAUUACUUCUGGCUUCACAUCAUCUGCCAUUGUUAAUUACAAUUAGAACGUGUUGUCAAUUUUAACAUAUGUUACUCUUCAAUUUGAUACAUUUUUUGUUGUACUAACUAGUUGCAUAGCAACGGCUGUACCAUUAACACGCGCUAUCAUAUAAUGGAAAAUACAGAAAACAAGUACAAAUUACAAUUAAGUAUUAUGUCCAUGACGUUAAUUUGUAUAUUGAAUUGUUUUUAAUCAAUAAAGUAUAUUGUUUAUUUUCGGUUCCAACAUUUUUAAUUAAUAUGAAAGGGAGAUGGUAGGUAAUGUAGAUCACAUAGUAAAUAUCGAUAAAGAAGAUUUAGAAAUCUAGGACUGAUAAUAGCGUCCUCUACUCGAUCAGAACUACAUUCUAACUGAACUACAAAUGUAAUUGAUUCGGU